UAAACUAUGGUGGAUUGGUGGUAGUGGCAGUUAUGAGUAAUUGGACUAUAGGAGUAUUAAUCUUGGAUUAAACAGUUAGGUGAGAUGGUAUGAAAUAUGAAUAUAUUAUAGUUAGCUUAAUCCAUUUUAAUACGAAGUAACAUAUAAAUACUACUCUUAAAAUAAUUAAUCCUACUUAUAUUUUUUUUUCUCUAAUUCUCUCUCAAUUAGCUCAUUUAAUAACAAAAAUCAUCACAAUCAAUAAAUAAUCCAAAAUCAAAAAACCAAAAAACAGAAGCAGAAAACAAAAGGAGUACCAAAAUAUUGAAACUGACAUCCGAAGACUCAUAAAUUGACUCUCACAAAAUAAAUCUUCCCUUUCAUUUCCUUUUCCCUCAAAAUAAAAAAAAUAAAAAAUAAUAAUUCAAAAAAAUCUUCCUCAAUUUCCGACGCUUUUAAUUUCUUUCCCCAUAAAAUGACGAAACUUCCGACGCCGGCGACUGUAAUCCCGGCGACGCUAAUCGACGACGAAAAACCCCUCGAAGAACAACUCUCUGAACCAAUUGUACUCGCUGAACGAGUUCGCGAGUUAGCCAACGAGUCAACCUCCUUCAUACACGACUGCUGUGAACUCGCUAAAUACGUCGACCGUCUCGCCCACAUGCUCCGCUCACUCGUCCGCUUCACCACCGCCAACUCCUCCGCAAUCUACGACCGCCCUCUCCGUCGCAUCUCCGCCGAAGUUUCUCGAACCCUUCAUCGGACCCACACCCUCGUCCGCAAAUGCCGCCGUCGUAGCACCUUCUUCCACCGCCUCGUCAAACUCAUCACCGCCGCUGAUUUCCGGAAGCUUCUCUCUCUCCUCGACAACUCCGCCGCCGACUUACGCUGGCUUAUUUCCGUCUUCCAUGUCGACGCAAACGACGAUAACGUCAAUAACGACGACGUCGUUUUGUCUCUUCCACCAAUCGCAAGCAACGACCCGAUUUUGGCGUGGGUUUGGUCUUACACCGCGACUGUUCAAAUGGGUUCUUCUCUACCCGCCCGAAUCGAGGCGGGUCAUGAGAUCGGGUUUUUGGCCCGAGACAAUGAUCGUAACAAGAAGAUAAUUGUUGAAGAAGGUGGGGUUCCGCCAUUGUUGAGAUUAUUGAAGGAAAUGAACUCCGCCGAAGCUCAGAUUACAGCGGCAACAGCGUUGUAUAAUGUUGCUAAUGAUGGAGAUAGAGUUAGGGUUAUUGUAGAUUGUUUGGGUGUUCCUUUGAUUGUUCAAGUUUUGGGGGAUUCUCCUAUGAGAGUUCAGGUUAAGAUGGCGGAAUUGGUUGCAAGGAUGGCUGAAUUUGAUGGUGGUGUUGCUAGGGAGGAGUUUGGGAGGGAGAAUGUGAUUCGUCCCUUGGUGUCAUUGCUUUCGUUCGAGAUGUUGGAAGACGAACCCGAAUUAAUGAAGAAGAAUCAUCAUAGUAUUCACUCUAUUGUUCAGAUUAAUAGGGAGAAGGAGAGGCUAGGAGGAGAGUCAUGGAAACCGAAGCUGAAUUCGAGUUAUUCGUCGUUUUCAUCGUUGUAUUCGGAUGUUGGGGUUAGUAAAGGAGGGCAGACUAGGAAGGGAAGAGGGAAUGAGAGUGCUGAGGUUAAGAUGGAGCUUAAGAUUAGCUGUGCUAAGGCACUUUGGAUGCUUUCUAAGGAUAGUGUUAUAAACAGUCAUAGGAUUACUGAGACAAAAGGGUUGCUUAGUUUGGCUAAGUUGAUUGAGAGGGAAACUGGGGAGUUGAGGAAGAAUUGUGUGAUGGCUGUAAUGGAGAUCACAUUGGCUGCUGAGUCGAAUGCUGACCUUCGCAGGUCGGCUUUCAAGACGAGCUCCCCUGCUGGUAAGGCAGUGGUGGUGCAGCUUUUGAGGGUGAUCAAAGAGUCUAGUGAUCCUGUUUUGCAAAUUGCUGCUAUAAAAUCGAUUGGGUGUCUGUCUAGGACAUUCUCUGCUAAAGAGACUCGAGUAAUCGGGCCUUUGGUUGAGCAGCUUAGCAGGAAUAAUCAUGAGGUUGGUACUGAGGCUGCUGUUGCUCUAGCAAAGUUUGUUGAUCCGGAGAAUUUCUUGUGUCAUGAACAUUCUAAGGCGAUCAUCGAGUUUGAUGGGGUAGUUCCUUUGUUGAGAUUGCUUAGGGAAAGCGAGAGGGCUCAAGUAAAUGGAUUGGUUCUCCUUUGUCACCUUGCUAUAAACGCUGGCAACAGCGAGGCAUUAGAACGAGCUAGGCUUCUGACCGCCCUAGAGGGUACUGAUCGAAAUCUUACUGCUCAGUAUCCUCAGUUGAGAGAAUUGAUUGUCAAGGCUAUGUACCAUCUUGGUCUCUACCAUGGAGAUGCUCAUCCUCUUAGACAAACUUCGAUGCGUGUUUAGAUAUAAAAAAAAGGACUUUUUCGUGUAAUGUAAAUAGACAUUCUGGAAAAAUAGUUUUGUAAUAAUGAGUUGACAGCCUAACUAGCAAACAGGCAGCAACAUAACAAAAUAUCAUGGAUUCAGACAGUGUGUUUCUAGCUUCCAAUUUGUAUUUUUGCUCUAUAAUAAAGGCCUUUACUUUGGGAAGGUAGUGACAUGUAUGCUUGAAGAACAAAACAAGCCUCAUGGACCACUGUCAACUUGGAGUAGCCCGGUUGCAAAUUGCAAUUGCUACAAAAUCAGUGAACAACUCAGCACAUGAUCAAAGGAAAUAUCAAGUUUGUAUACCAAUAGUUUUACAUUUGUUGUUUUCUAGGAUGAUUUUUGGUGAAAAUAGUAUAGUGCACUCGGAAAGAACAUUAGACAUAUUUUAAAGAACAUGGGCAAAAAAAAAAGAACAUGCUAGUCUUUGAAAAAGAACAUACCUGUGUUUGACAAAAGAACAUGUUUGUGUUUGACAAGAACAUGACAUUACAAAGAAAAUAAAGUCUUUACAAAAAGAACAUGUUAUUUUUCAUGGUUAUUUGGGUGGUUAAACGUGUUUGAAAAAGAACAUUAUAUUUGACAAAAAAGAACAUGUUCGUGUUUGACAAAGAUAUAGGUGAUCAUUGGGCGGACCGGGCCAAGGUUAAAAAAUCAACUCAC